AUUUUCACUGACCUUGAUUGAUACCUUGGACACUCUUGUGGUGUUAAAUAAAACCAAAGAGUUUGAAGAGGCUGUAAAAAAAGUAAUAAAGGAUGUUAAUUUAGAUAACGACAUAGUUGUAUCUGUCUUUGAAACCAAUAUAAGAGUCCUUGGAGGUCUCCUAGGUGGGCAUUCAGUGGCAAUUAUGCUGAAAGAAAAAGGUGAAUAUAUGCAGUGGUACAAUGGUGAACUUCUGCACAUGGCAAAGGAACUAGGCUACAAGCUUUUACCUGCUUUUAACACCACUAGUGGUCUCCCGUAUCCAAGAGUUAACUUAAAAUUUGGUGUAAGACAUCCAGAAGCACGAACAGGAACAGAAACGGAUACCUGUACGGCUUGUGCAGGUACCUUGAUCCUUGAGUUUGCAGCUUUAAGCCGAUUCACAGGAACAUCUAUAUUUGAGGAAUAUGCACGGAAAGCACUUGAUUUUAUUUGGGAAAAGAGACAGCGCAGCAGCAAUUUAGUGGGUGUUACUAUUAAUAUUCAUACCGGAGACUGGGUCCGCAAAGAUAGUGGAGUUGGAGCAGGAAUAGAUUCAUAUUAUGAAUAUUUAUUAAAAGCCUAUGUCUUGUUGGGAGAUGACAGCUUCCUGGAAAGAUUUAACACGCACUACGAUGCCAUAAUGAGAUACAUUAGCCAACCACCUCUGCUUCUUGAUGUUCAUAUUCAUAAACCAAUGCUAAAUGCUAGAACCUGGAUGGAUUCUUUGCUAGCUUUCUUCCCUGGAUUGCAGGUGUUGAAGGGAGAUAUUAGACCUGCUAUUGAAACUCAUGAGAUGCUGUAUCAGGUUAUAAAAAAGCAUAACUUUCUUCCAGAGGCAUUCACAACAGACUUUAGAGUUCACUGGGCUCAGCAUCCUUUAAGGCCUGAAUUUGCUGAAAGCACUUAUUUCUUGUAUAAGGCUACUGGGGACCCUUACUAUCUAGAAGUAGGAAAAACACUCAUUGAAAACUUGAACAAGUAUGCAAGAGUACCUUGUGGGUUUGCUGCAAUGAAGGAUGUUCGUACAGGAAGUCAUGAAGACAGAAUGGACUCUUUCUUUCUGGCUGAGAUGUUUAAAUAUCUUUACCUGCUGUUUGCUGAUAAGGAAGACAUGAUUUUUGACAUUGAAGAUUACAUCUUCACUACAGAAGCUCAUCUAUUACCACUUUGGCUUUCCACUACAAACCAAACCAUCUCUAAAAAAAAUAGCACUACAGAAUACACAGAGCUGGAUGACAGCAACUUUGACUGGACCUGUCCGAACACCCAGAUCCUCUUCCCAAAUGACCCUAUGUUUGCUCAAAGUAUUCGUGAGCCUUUGAAAAAUGUGGUGGAUAAGAGCUGUCCUAGGGGUAUUUCAAGAGUAGAAGAGAGUUUGGGAAGUGGACCGAAACCACCAUUGAGAGCCAGAGAUUUCAUGGCCAGUAAUCCAGAACACUUGGAGAUACUGAAGAAGAUGGGGGUCAGUUUGAUUCAUCUGAAAGAUGGAAGAGUACAGUUAGUACAGCAUGCAGUGCAGGCAGCAAGUUCACUUGAUGCUGAAGAUGGCUUACGGUUCAUGCAGGAGAUGAUUGAACUCUCCAGUCAGCAGCAGAAAGAGCAACAGCUACCUCCUCGUGCUGUUCAAAUUGUUUCCCAUCCGUUCUUUGGCAGGGUGGUCUUGACUGCUGGACCAGCACAAUUUGGGAUGGACUUAUCCAAACACAAAGCAGGGACGAGAGGAUUUGUUGCAACCAUUAAGCCAUAUAAUGGAUGCUCAGAGAUCACUAAUCCUGAGGCAGUGAAAGAGAAAAUUGCUCUGAUGCAAAGAGGCCAGUGUAUGUUUGCUGAAAAGGCACGAAACAUUCAAAAAGCUGGAGCAAUAGGAGGCAUUGUUAUUGAUGACAAUGAGGGAAGCAGUAGUGACACAGCUCCUCUCUUCCAAAUGGCUGGUGAUGGAAAGAAUACAGAUGAUAUCACAAUUCCCAUGCUCUUCCUCUUCAACAAGGAAGGAAACAUUAUACUGGAUGCAAUCCGGGAGUAUGAGGCUGUGGAGGUGCUCCUUUCCGAUAAAGCCAAAGACAGAGACUUGGAAAUGGAGAAUAUGGACCAGAAAUUAUCUGAAAACGAUUCACAUAAACAGAAUUCGGAAGAAGCUACUUCAGCAUCUCAGGAUGUAGGUGCGGUCAGUGAAGAGCCCGAGGAAGGAGAAAGCUCUGAUGUAACUGACCCCGAUUCUUUGUCUCCUGCUCACGCAGACAGUGACAGCGUUUCCAUUUCAAAUCAGGAUUCCUAUGUCCCUGGAACUGAGGAGGCUAGUGCUCCAGAGCCGGCGUGCACACAAGGGGAUAACCAGCCUCAGGAACAAAAGACCGAGACAGAGUCAAAUUCCAGAAUUAACUGGGAUAAUAAAGUCCAACCUAUGGAAUCCAUAUUAGCAGACUGGAAUGAAGAUAUAGAAGCAUUUGAAAUGAUGGAAAAAGAUGAGCUAUGACUUGUAAUAAUAACUUAUUUGUUAGUAAACAAACGGAGAACUCUUUGGGUAGAAGUGAGGCCCUGAUAUCUGAGACCUAGAAAACAUAUUCAGUAUUGUGAUGAGCAGCCAGGUUUCACCUGGAAAACACCGUAGAAAUCCAGCACGCACUCUUUGUAUUGUUUUAAUUUUUCCUGUUUAAAAAUGGGAACGUGCAAUUGAA